UCCGAGGAGGAGCGCUCUCGUCCCAUAAAGGGCUGGCGCCGCUGGUUCUUCCACUCGAUCAUCCUGUCUCUAAGCCGAGCCGUCUUCCUCUGCCUGGGCUUCCCCUGGGUCAAAGUGAAAGGGCGCCGGGCGGACCUGAAGGAGGCGCCGGUGCUGGUGGUGGCCCCGCACAGCACCUUCCUGGACAUGCUGGUGCUGUGUCCCACCCAGCUGGCCACGGUGGUGUCACGGUCGGAGAACACCAGCCUGCCGGUCAUAGGAGCGCUGCUGGGGUUCAACCAGUCGGUGAUUGUGAGCAGAAACGACCCCGAGUCGAGGAAAAAGGCGGUGGCCGAGCUCUCGGACAGGCUGACCUCUGACGGCUACUGGCCUCAGAUGCUGAUUUUUCCUGAAGGAACCACGACUAACGGCAGAGCCCUCAUCAAAUUCAAACCCGGUGCCUUCCUCGUCGGAGUCCCGGUCCAACCUGUUCUGUUACGUUACCCCAACAAGCUGGAUACCGUACGCUGGACACACAAAGGAACAGCCUGGUACGAGGCUCUGUGGCACACGACUUCUCAGUUCUACACCAACAUGACCAUCGAGUUUCUGCCCGUUUACACGCCGUCCGAGGAGGAGAAGAGCGACCCCGGCCUGUACGCUGACAACGUUCAGAAACUCAUGGCCAAGGCUCUGGGAAUCCCAGCUACACAGUAUUUGAUGGAUUACGGCGUUCCCGUCAGUAAACUGGGCGGUCUCUCUCUCCCUCUGGACUCGCCCGCUAGGGACACUCUCUCGCUGCUGCACGAGCACGGUCUGGGAGCACAGGAAGUGGAGGCGGCGCUGGAGAGAAUGAUUGACAGGUGUCAGGCAGGAGCUGAGGGGUCAGUGGUCAGCACAGAGGAGCUUCCUCUACUCGGGCUGACGGACAAACAGACAGCUGUCGACAUCUGGCGUUUCUACUCCAAGGAGAAAAGUGUGAACCUCAGAUGGAUCUAUUUUAGCAUUUCUGCUCUGUCAGGAUUCAUGAGCUUCAAGUCGCUGCUUCAUAAAGCUUCUACUCUGUUUGACAGAGAGGGCAGAGGCAGCCUGAGUGCAGAGGAGCUGUCAGACCUCAUGGGGGCACUACUGGGUCAUACUCAGCACCACACAGCUGAGCUUUACACUCAAGCCUCCCAUGAUGGCCAACUUACUGAAGAACACCUGCUACAAGCAUUAACAACCCACCCGACCUAUCAGAGAUUGGUGAACGAGUACUUGCUGCCUGUGGAGGCGGGCUCUCAGCCGGUCAAUGAGAAGGCUGUGAACAACAAUGAAAAAAUGCACAACAGCAAUGGAUCUGUUGACUACAAGAAAAAGUUUGAAUGAGCAUUUUUUUUUAUCACAUGUCCACUUCAGUUUGUGAUUUACUUUGGAGCGCAGCGGGACGAAGUGAAGCAGAAUAACCAUGGACGAAGAAAAGACGAAGAAUAGUUUUUAUAAGUGUGUGUGUGUGUGUGUGUGUGUGUCUGGAUGUAAUCUUAAAUCUGUGCCUGUAACUUUUUAUUCCUAAAAAAAACCAUAAGGAAACCGAGAAGAGAUCUAAAAUCCGGUUCCUGUUUAUAUUUGAUGGCUUGUUCAUGUUUACCAACUUGUCUUAAUUACCCUCCAGAAAAACCUGAUCCAGAUGCUGUAACGGGACAUUCUAACUGUUUUAUACCAUUGAAGCCAUGAACUGUGUUAUUUAUAUUAAUGCCUCUUAUGUGUGUAUAGUGAAUGUUUUUACAACGGGACAACGGUCUGUGCAAAAAAAAGAAAUGUAACACUCUGUAAAUCAAGAAGUUUAUUUUAUUUAAUUGAAACAUAUUUUCAAUAUUUAACAAUUCAUUAAACUGUGAAUUAUUUUAA